CAGCUGCAGUGGCCCGGGUUGCUGCGGAGGUGCAGGUACAAUCCCUGACCUACAGAAGGCAAGGCGAGACAGUCAGGGCCCUCGGCUGAAACCUGACAUAGUGUCUGUGAGGACGCGGGUUCGGUCUCUGGCCUUGCUCCGUGGGUUAAGGACCUGGCGUUGCCGUGGCUGUGGUGCAGGUGAAAGCUUCGGCUUGGAUUCGGUCCCUGGCCCAGGACCUUCCAUAUGCCAGGGAUGUGGCCCACCCCCAAAAUCAUAGUUAGUCUGAGGACAACUUCCUUUGUUUUCCUUAGGAAUCAAAGAGAAGCACUUGUAAUAAUCAAGACUUUGUUAUUCCAGGGAAGCCUGUCAUUCAGGGAUGUGGCUGUGGACUUCACGUGGGAGGAGUGGCAGCUCCUGACCCCUGCUCAGAAGGACCUGUUCCGGGACGUGACGCUGGAGAACUACCGCAACCUGGUGGCCGUGGCAGGGUAUCAAGUCAGCAAACCCGCAGCGCUGGCCAAGUUGGAGUGCAGGGAAGAACCGUGGACAAGAGCAGAGGAAGCCCCCAGUGGGACCUGCGCAGAAACUAGCAAAAUUGGUAAUCAACUGCCCGGUGACUGGGAAAAUCAAAGAAUGCUAAAAGGUAUAGACCAAUACCAGGAAUAUAAUGCACUUGGAAAUCCUGUUCCUCAAAGCAAAAGUCAUUUUCCUUUCAGGCAAAAUUCUGAUAUGCUUGAGUUCUACAUAAAAACUCUGAAAUCAAAUUUAAUUUUAGUCAGCCAGAGCCAAAGCUAUGAUAUUAAGAACUCCACUGAAUGUAACGGAGACGGAAAAUCAUUUCUGCAUGCUAAGCAUGAAGAAUUUCAUCUUGCAGUUAAAUGCCCUGUAAGUGCAAAACCCAUCAGCAAUAAGUCCCAAAACAUUAAACACCAAAGAACUCACAACACCGAGAAAACCCAUGUAUGCAGUGAAUGUGGGAAAGCCUUCGUUAAGAAGUCUCAACUCACUGAUCAUCAGAGAGUUCACACAGGGGAGAAACCUUAUGGGUGCAGUAUGUGUACAAAAGUAUUCUCCCGGAAGUCCAGGCUCAAUGAACACCAGAGAAUUCACAAGAGAGAGAAAUCCUUUAUAUGCAGUGACUGUGGAAAAGUCUUCACCAUGAAGAGCCGUCUGAUCGAACACCAGCGAACUCACACUGGAGAGAAACCCUACGUAUGCAAUGAAUGUGGAAAAGGCUUCCCAGGGAAGCGCAAUCUCAUUGUACAUCAGCGCAAUCACACUGGUGAGAAGUGCUACGUAUGUGGUGAAUGCGGAAAAGGCUUCACUGGGAAGAGCAUGCUUACCAUCCACCAGCGAACUCAUACAGGAGAGAAACCCUACAUAUGCAGUGAAUGUGGGAAAGGCUUCACCACAAAGCACUAUGUCAUCAUCCACCAACGAAAUCAUACAGGAGAGAAACCCUACAUAUGCAAUGACUGUGGGAAAGGUUUCACCAUGAAGAGUCGUCUGAUUGAACAUCAGCGAACCCAUACAGGAGAGAAACCGUAUGUGUGCCCUGAAUGUGGAAAAGGCUUUCCCAGGAAGAGUAAUCUCAUUGUACAUCAGAGAAAUCAUACGGUAGAGAAAUCCUACGUAUGCAGCGAAUGUGGAAAAGGCUUCACUGUGAAGAGCAUGCUUAUCAUCCACCAGCGAACUCACACUGGAGAGAAACCCUACAUUUGCAGUGAAUGUGGGAAAGGCUUUCCUUUGAAGAGCCGGCUGGUCGUGCAUCAGCGAACGCAUACUGGAGAGAAACCUUACAGAUGCAGCGAAUGUGGGAAAGGUUUUAUUGUGAAUAGUGGACUGAUGUUACAUCAGCGAACCCAUACUGGAGAGAAACCCUAUAUAUGCAAUAAAUGUGGAAAAGGUUUCGCCUUUAAGAGCAAUCUUGUGGUACAUCAGCGAACGCACACUGGAGAGAAACCCUUUAUGUGCAGUGAAUGCGGAAAAGGCUUCACCAUGAAACGCUAUCUCAUUGUACAUCAGCAAAUUCAUACAGGAGAGAAGUCCUAUAUAUGCAGAGAGUGUGGGAAAGGUUUUGUCAUGAAAACAGAGCUCAUUUUACACCAACAGACUCACACUGGAGAGAAACCUUUUGCAUGCAAUGAAUGUGGCAAAGGCUUCACCGUGAAGAGCCGUCUAGUUGUUCAUCAGCGAACCCACACAGGAGAGAAGCCUUUUGUGUGCAGCAAAUGUGGAAAAGCCUUCUCCUCAAAGAGGAAUCUCAUUGUACAUCAGAGAACUCAUAAUGGAAACAAACCUUAAGAAAGCAAUGAAUGUGGUCACACCUACAGGAAGAAAACAUGCCUUGUCCAACAUCAGAGAUUCCAAGCAAGACAGACUUCUUUUACAUGAACUGACUGUUGAAAAUCCUAUUCAUAUUGGAUCAAAUUGGUAUUGUUCUCAUUACCCACCAGAAAUUUUACACAGGAGAUACACCAUAUGCAUGCAGUUAAUGUGAGAAAGCUGCAACACAAAUUCAGCACCCGUGGUACAUCACCUAAUUCAUAGGAGAGCCUGUGGGUUCAGUGAAGGAGGGUAACCUUUCAUGUGUCAGAGCUUGUGAAUACACAGGAGAAACAAAUGCAUAAGUCAAGGUACAUCAUCCUUUGCAGUGAAUCUGAACUCAUUCAUAUACAAGUGAACUCGUUCAGGGUACAAACCAUGACAGUUCAGUGAGUGCGUUUAAACAUCAGUGGGCUCCUCACACACCUGAAUAUUAUAGUCAGUGAAGAUGAGCCUGUGGCUAGAGGUCACCCUUGGGGAACUAUGGAAUUUGCACAGGAAUGAAAGUUAAUGCAGGGAAUGUGCCAGUGCCUUCAGUGAUCUGCUACCUCACAUUGUCACAAUUAACAUAUAGGAAAAAAGCUCUGAUACAUUCAAUGCAGAAAAGGCUUGAGGAAACAUUUCUAGGUGAUUAUACAUCUGAAAAGAAUCUACUAAGACACAUCUUAUGAAUGGAGAGACUAGAAAGCUUUUUGUGGGAAUAAAGACCCUGUCUUAUCAUAAAAGAUCAUCAGAGUAGGAAUAUGAUGAUCCUGGCAAAGUCUGUGCCUAGGAGUAAAACUUCAGUCAUUGCCAAUAUUCGUGCUGGAGGAAAAUUUUCACAUGGCAAUGAAUAUGGCAGAAUUUCAGUGAUAAUAGUCCCAUCUCAUCACUUCUCAUGAAUUCAUAGAGAAAUAAAACUUACAAAUACACUAAGCACAGAGUAACUUUAGCAAAUUAUCAGAAUUCUGAAGGAAAGGAGCCUUGUGAAAAUGACAUAUACUUAAGCUAUUACAAAUAUAACCUUAUACACCUUUGUUCAUUUUGGGACAAGAUACUUUGAACCAUACUCUUAAUGAUUCCAUAAUCUUAAAGUAGGCUAUUCUCAAUACUGGUUAAAUUUUAAUGUUAUAAAUGAUGCAGGAGUGUUCUGUGCCCAGCUCUAACCAUUAUAUGAUUUGCUCUUGCAUUUCUUAGGCUCUAAAUUCAUCUCUUUAAGUCUAUUACAUACUCCAAAAGAAAAUGGAAUAUGUUCAUAGAUAUAAUUAAACAUAUUGGGAUGUAUUUAUCCAAGUUUAUAAGUAGCAGUAGUAGUUUACAAAAACACUUUAUUAAAAUGAUUCUUCUAAAAUUUGUUUUUAAAAUUUGAAAUAGUUUGACUCACAAGAAAUUACAAAAUAUACAAAGUUCCCAGGUACCAUUAUUCAGCUCCUUCAGUGAUAUUAUCUUACAUAACCAAGGUACAUCAUAACCAAUAAAAUGGCAUUAGUACAACACUGCUGAGUAAACUAUAGACCUUAUUUGGAUUUCAGUAGUUUUUGCAUGUAGUAAUUUGUGUAGGUUUUGUUUUGGUUUUUAAUAGAGUUCUAAGAAAUUUUAUCACAUAUACAAAUUUAUGUAAACCCCCCUACAGUGGGGAUGCAGAAUUGUGCCAAUACAAAGAAACAUCCUCCUGCUGCUCCUUUAUAAUCACACUCUCUCCAGCCAUGACCCGUGGUGAACACUCAUCAGAACUCCAUCACUCUGUUAUUUCAAGAAUUCUAUUAAAAUGGAAUCAUACAGUGUGUAACCUUUGGGGUCAGGUUUAUCUCACUUAGCAAAUUGCCCUUAAGAUUCAUCCAGUUUGUUGGGUGUAUAGUUUUACUUUUUGUUGCCAAAUAAUAUUCUUCUGUAUGGAGGUACAUGGUUUAUUUGUUCACUGUUGACAGAUGUUUAGGUGGUUUCCAGUGUUUCACUGUAAAAAAUAAAAAUCUUUGAAGAUUUGUGGA